CGACUACAUUUCCCAGCAUGCCUGGAGCUCAUACAGGAAGUGUCGGAUGGUACUUAUAAAGCCGCUUUCAAGGCAGCUGAAAUAGACCAAUGCGAAGCGGGGUGAACCUGCCGUGGCAGCGAUGGGACGAGCACGGAGAAAUGACAGCUUGUGCAGGAAUUUAGGCUGAACCGCAUCCCAGCGCAGGCGGACGGACAGGACAGAACUGCCGGCUCGGUCGAACUAUGUGACAGCUGGAGGUUCUUCGUUCUGAGGCGUUAUGUUUUAUUUAUUUUUAAAUCUAGGUAUGGAUUCUGUGAAACGGGUGCUAAAGUUGACCCGGCGCUGUCCUUUGGAUGUUGCGGUGCUCCGGCUGAAACUCGGCUAGAUUUGAACGCUUGUGGAAAUGAUCCCUCUCUCCCGGCGGGACGGGGACGUUAUUUGCAGCUGUAGGGGAGAAAUAACGGGAGCGGCUGUGAAGGGGAUAACGGAAUUACCUCUCUGACCGAAGAACUGUGAGCCGCCGAUCACCCUGAAGCUGUCCAGGAUUUCACCAGGCUGAUGACACUGGAGACUUUCCAGUCAAUUGUUUUAUAGGUAGACUUCUUUUUGCAUGUUGUUUUUUGUCCGCAAAACCCCACAAUUCAUGCAAUUGCACUGCAUGGGCCGUUAAUCCGCACAUGUAUAAACACGUUCAGGAUAACGCUCUAAAUUUCACUUUUUAUUGUGAGGAAUUAUGUUUUUGCGGAUUAAAUGGAGAUAAAGCUGCUCCAUAUAAUGUGAAAUUCACCUUUGGGCAUCAUUUUUAUUAUAAUUCUGGACAUAUAGCAUUCACUCAAAUAUAAUCGUGUAAUUACAAAAAUGAUUACACAAAAGAGAAUCUGACGCCAAGAUGUAACAUUAGUAGUUUUAGUUAAUUAUUUAGCUCAUAAUUACCCGAGUCUUUUACGUGCACCUUUCCAAUGGAUGCAUGUUGCCAAAAGGUCAAGUCCUUUUGUGAAAAAUCGCUUAUGAAGCAAUGACUUUUAACUAGACAGCAUGAACACAUCUGUGCACGCAUAAAGGAAAGUUUCUGUUUCUGCACUUGUUUGAUGAAGUUGCGUUUACGCACCGGAAAGCAUGUGCUCUACAAAUAUGAAGAUGUUCCAGGCCCGUCUUCUUCUUCUUUUUUGAAAGAAGGUUUGAAUCAAAAAUGUGCACAGAUGCAUGGCUUUUUUUUCACGAGACAGCCUGCUAUAGAUAAACGCUUUUUAAUCUGAUAAACCUUUUUGGAAAACAUGAUGUGGAUCCACCUGUGGUGAUUUUCUUGCUGUUUCCAUGCGUAUUUCUUCUUCUCCAGACCUCUGGACGUUGUUGUGGAUUGUGUUGCUAUUUAAUGCAAUGGGCUGUAUCCAGAGUAUCAGGUGUAAGCCCAAGAGUUUCCGAGACAGUAUCACCGUCCUGGAGGUGAACACUUCCAUCGACCCCAACCCCACCAGCAUCGACGAGUCAUCCAGCGUGGUCCUGCGCUACCGGACACCACACUUCCGAGCACUUGCUCGGGUCCUAGUGCCGCCAGUAGCCGGUAAAGAGACAUGGACCAUCGGCUGGAUCCAAGCCUGUAACCACAUGGAGUUCUACAAUACGUAUGGAAACAAAGGGAUGUCAAGUUGGGAGCUCCCCGACCUGCGAGAUGGCAAAAUCCAGGCUAUCAGCGACUCGGAUGGGGUGAACUACCCGUGGUACGGCAACACCACGGAGACCUGCACUGUGGUGGGCCCCACCAAGAACGCCAUCAAGUUCACUGUUAGUAUGAAUGACAAUUUCUACCCCAGCGUGACCUGGGGUGUGCCCGUCAGCGACAGCAACGUGCCUCAGCUCACCAGCAUCCGCCGCGACCAGAGCUUCACCACCUGGCUUGUGGCCAUUAACCAGGCCACCUCAGAGACCCUCGUCCUGCAGACAAUCCGCUGGAGGAUGCGGCUUCACAUCCGAGUGGACCCGGAGAAGCCUCUGGGUCACAGGGCUGCUCUGAACGAGCCCGUGACCCAGGAACAGCCUCAAAUCCUGGGCAAGAAUGAGCCCAUCCUCUCCAACGCCAUGGUCAAGCCCAACGCCAACGACGCCCAGGUGCUGAUGUGGCGGCCAAAGAAUGGUAACCCCGUGGUGGUCAUCCCACCCAAAUACUGACCUGUUUCACUGACCAGACUGGCCUUGGAUACCUUAACAGUAUCAUCUCUUAUUUUUCUUUUGUUCCUGCUCGUCACCAGCUCUCACUGCUUUAACCCCUCCGCUCAUUUUUGCCUCUUUGUUUAAAAAAAGACUGAACGAGAGAGAAAAAAAGGCAAAUAAAACCAGCUCUGUGAAAAAGACCAGCUGUUGCUCUGAGGUGGGGGCUUUUGAAACUGGAGCGAACAAACUGCAACCAUUCUACCUUCAAACUGGGUCGGGAUCGCACUGUGCUAAAUGAAACUGUGCAAAAAUGAAAAACAAGAGGAUUUCUUUGUUUUUUAUUUCAGUUUUAUAUGUUGUGAUAUGAGGUUUGUGAGUGUGGGUUAAGUAUUUACAUGUCCAUGUCUGCGCACAUGAUACAUACAUGGACAUGCACAAACCUUGUGUAUGAAUACCAGUUGUGUUUAUAUUUAUAGACUGGGAGAGAGUGCAUUUUAUUUUUGUUUAUUGUUGCAUUUGGUGACAUAGUAGAUUUUCAGUUUUCUUUUUUAAAACAUGCGAGACAUUCAAUCCAUGCUGCCUUAAGUUUACAUCGCUUUCUACUGCAAACUUUUUAGCCUUAAACAAAGUGCAAUGCAGUAUUUUGUCCCAUCUCUACCAGACAGUUGGUGCUGGCAUAUGUGGAUUUAGGAACAAUACCAUAGAAGAAGAUCCUAGUUCCAAGUAUUUUAUGUUCAGUUGCAUUUGCCUGACAAAUGUAUUGUCUCAUGAGUUCAACCAGCAUUACGGUACACACAGUUAUACAACCCAGCUAACUGGUUGUGUUUCAAGUGCAUUAUGCAACGGAAGAGCUGUUCUGUACUGGAACAGAGAACACCAGUAAAGCCAACGCUCGUCAAUAGCACUCAACACAGUAACGUGCAAUAGCAACUUGAACAAAAAGUACUCAAAAGCACACCUCAGUUAACCUCACUUCAUUAACAUUAUUCUUUUUAUAGGCCGUUGUAGCAUUUAACAUCAGACACAACUCUUCCUUUCUCUUUAUCACUCCAUCUCAGGGCCUCUUUUUCACUUCCUUUCCUUCUCUUGAUUCAUCCAUCCGGUCUGGCCUACUCUCUAGCCACAGUGAGUAACAGAGUGUUAGCAAAGCACACAUUAAACAAUCAAUACCGUGAUAAUUUAGCAGCCACAGACAAGGAAAACAACUGGAGACUUAAAACACUGAGAAUUAAAACAGCGGGAUGUCUGCCAUGUUGUCAAUCUCGACAAUCAAAUUAAGUUUUUUUUUGUAUUGUUGCCUUCCUUUAAACACCCCCUUUAUUUCCGUAAUACUAAGCAUGUCUCUCAUGUUGGUUCCUCAAUCAUCUGUAAUCUUCAUCUAUAUAAGAGUUCCUCCUCCCCCCUUCCCUACCCCCUUCUUUCUCUCAAACGUUGUUGAGGCUGAAAAGCAGAGCAGGAGGCAUGCAAGUUUCCUCCUGACUGCUCGGAUGGCAUAUAGAUGACCCACUUCUCUGCCCUGCCAGUUGUAGCCCUCACCGCUGAUAUGUGGGGCUUGUUUCCCUUUUUUGUCCCUGCCAGCAAAUGUAAGACGCAAACACAUGAAUACACAAACAGCUCUGGUCAGCUAAAUACCAAUAUUAAUUUAUUUAAUGUCUGUUUAGCUUUUAAUCUUGAAAAAAGGGCUUAAUCUGCAAACUGAAACUCCUAAAAGCAGAGAAAAAUGCUGAAUUUUGCAUCAAGGGAGGUCAAAAUAUAAGUAAAAAGGUUAUUUAUGUAAACAUAGUAUAGCGACAGCAGGAAACAAACAAAGAUGUUACAAAAUCUGCUCGGGAGCUCUGUAACUUUGCUAUGUAAAUGGCCAGGUUUUUACUUUAAAAUGUUGCAAACAUCUUGCAAGCUUACCAACUUCCUGUGUUUUGCCUCUAACCAAAGAAAUAAUUAGCAUGCAAGUCUCACCAGUUCAUGUUUUUCACAAAGAUCAGUAAGCUGCUGCUAUUUCAGUGUAUUAGUGUCUCCUGACUGUCAACUGUACAAAAAUACCCAUCCAUCAAACUUGAUCCAAGCCGCAUUUCUUAAGGAUAUUCUGUCCAUUUCAUUAUUACAAAACAGAAACAUUUUAAGAUUUAACUCAGUUCUUUGAUUUGCGUGAUAUUUCUACCAAAACUUAAAAGGAAUAGUUCGACAUUUAGCAAAACAUGCUAUUUUGUUAAUGGCAAGAAUUAGAUCAAUACAACUCUCAUGUCUGUAUGCUAACUUUCCAGCUGUUAGCUUAGCUUAGCAUGAUGGGAAAUAGCAUGGCUCGGUCAAAAGGUAACACAAUAUACCUACUAGCACUUCCAAAGCUAAAUUACCAGCACAAUAUCUCUUUUGUUUUAUGCGUACAAACCAAAGUAUACAAAUUACAAAUUGUGGCUUGCCAGGGAGUGUUUACUCUUUUAGUGUUUAGCUAAGUUAGCCCUCUUGUUGUAUAUCCAACCCAGUGUCGCAGCAUUUCGUGUUAUAGUCACAACAUGUAAUCUAUUGAUUCGUGUUCACCAACACGAUUUCCCCAUUGUUUU